AUGGCGGGGGCGCCGGGAUGUGGCGCUUCUCGCGAGACUUGCCCGCGCCUCUCGCGAGAGCCGUCCCCCGUCCCCCCGUCCCCCCCCCCCCCCGCACCCGGAGCCGUCCUGCCGCCCGGGCAGCCCCGCUUGGCUUCGGGAGCGGCCCCGCGAAGCCCCGGGUGGCCCGAGGGAGGCUCUGCCGCCUCGCAGAGAUCCCGCCAGCAAAGCGGAGGCCGCGCCUUGCCUGCGGGGAGGCGGGGAGGGUGGAACGCUCCGUCUCGCGGAGGCCUUCCCGACGGCCCCGUCGCCCCAAACCACCCCCCCCACACACACACACCCCGGGGGCCUCCGCGGUCGUGCCUGAAGCUGGAACUCGACGACCUUCCAGGUGCCUGCCACCUGCGCUCGCUCCGUGGUGCCGUCCGCCUUGCGGAGCUGUCAUCCAGCCAGGCUGCCUCUCGGCCUUCUGCUGGGACCGUCCCGACGGGGCUGGGCUCCUCCCUGGCUCUUCGGGGGCCCCCCCGGGGCGUUGGGCUCCGUCACCAGCCCCCUGCUUGUGCAACGUGCUGGGCGAACCGCUCCUCGGUGGGUGUUCGGCACAGGGGGUGCGGGCUGGCGCGCCAGGAGUGGGUUUACAGUAGCAAGGCUUGGUAUGUGAUUUCAACUGGGGGAGGGAGCACUGGGCAGGGAGAAGGCACAAGGCCCCUCUCUAAAGACCUCAAAGGACAAGGUGGGCCAGCAGUCACCCUUCAGCUGCCAAGGGUGACCAGCUCAGACAGACACGAAAUUUUGGAUGCAGAAAAUGGGGCAAUGAGCCGUGAAAGAGAUGUCCAUAUCCCAUCAGCAUGCACACAGAGAAAAAAAGCGUGGCUGAGAAAUCCCGCAGCUCCCUACAGCGCCAAACUGCAGCGGUUUCUGAAACCCACUGCAGAUUUUAAUAGCUGUCAUCCAGCCUAAAAAUACAUGUGCACCUCUUUUUGUUA